UACUGCCUGUCUGUUUCCCUCCCAUUUCAGGAAUACGGAUGGUAUUUGACCAAUGUCGCGGAGUUCAUGUCAGUCUUUCCGAUGACAGAUUUGUAAGAAACAAAGAGAAAGACGGUAAUCACGACGUGAGAAAAUGGUGAGCGGGACCAGUCACGUGCAGCAGGUUCUGGAUGAUGUGGAGGAAGUGAGGGUCAUCAUGAUUGACAACCUCAACAAGGAAGAAGAGAGGGCAGGCAAAUUAUUGGACCUUGAAGACCGGGCCCAUGAUCUCAGUUUGAAGAGCAAGGUCUUCUCCAGGACAUCAAAGAAGGUGAAGAAGCAGACCCAAUGGCAGCUGAGGAAGAUGAAGGUGCUGUUUGCGGUUAUUGGUGUGGCUGUGGUGUUAAUCCUCAUUAUCGUGGUAGCCAUUGCAUUGCAUUCCAACUCAUUGCACAAUUCAAACUCAAAACCUGAGAAAGCUCAACAGAACAGCACGUCACGUCACCCAGUGUGACCUAGCAGAGAGCUGAAGGAAGUCAGCUGGGCAGGCUGACAUGGAGAAUCAGAGAAAAGGGCAUAUGGGUGGAAAUUUGUGGCUCUAUGUCUGCCAUUGAGAAGGGGGAGUCCUUCUACUUGAAUAUGAAAUGGUACAAUUCUGUUACAAUUCCGGCAGCACUGCUGUUUUUUCUAAUAACAAUGUUCUGUUGCUCAAAAUAUAUGUAACCAAAUCAAAAGUCCCUGCAUCCAGAGGUGUACAGUGUAUAUAAAUGACAUCUUAAAAGCAUAAACUCACUAUAUACUUAAAAAACAGCUCAAUUGGAUAUGGACUGUUUAUUUUUUUCUUACAUAGAAUAUCCAUGUACAGUUUCUAAAACUCACUCAGUCCACGGGAUACAUUUAUAAGCGAGUACCAUUUCUGUGAACAUAUUGAGUUUUGGAAAUUUAAGGAAACUUCUUUGCUGAAUUACUGAAUGAGUUUUGGUUCCCUGUACUGUAACAUAUGAUGAGGAAGCCUGACUUCACUGGCGGUCUCAUCACAAAAUUUUGGAAAUUUGUUCUUAAAAUGGUCAAUUUGUGUUUGUCAUUGAAUUUCUGUUAUCUAUGAAUAGUACAUAAAACUGCAAUGUUAAUAUAUCCUUUGUACUAUAAAGAAGUGCAAUAUUGUCCAUUUCACAAGUUUGAUUAAGAUUACAAUGGACUUUAUUGAUCCUGGGAGGAAAUUCUGGAAUUCUUCAAACCCUCCUUAAUUGCUGUCUUUGGUAAUGUGAUGUAAAUUGUUUCUAAGCAACUUCAAGCACUUUGACUACUGUAUAUAAUUAGUUUUAUUACCCACCCAUUUAAAUGAGGCAGUUAAACGGCCCACAACCUCACCUGAAAAACCACAAAAUGGAAACACUCCUCUAGUACAAUGGAGGACAGACAGUGGACUUCAUCCUGCCAAAUAACAGGGUUGGAGCAGCUUAAUGAGUAACACUUCUAUACUUCCUUAUAGCAUUAAAUCACGGUGCAAACAGA